GCCCCUGCUCCGGCCGCGCCUGACCCCUCCCCGUUGUUAUGGGAACACCCGCUCGCUCUGAGGCCCGCCUUCGGGGUGGUGCCGGCAUUUGGUUCCGCCCCUCGAAUAUUCGAUUUCCGCUCGGGGAAAGGCUGCUUCCGGUCCCUGGCGCGUUGCCCCGCAAGAUGGCGGCGCAGCAACCCCUGCGGGUGUUAGCCCUGGCCGGCUUCCGGCAGAGCGAGCGGGGCUUCCGCGAGAAGACGGGAGCGCUGAGGAAGGCGCUGCGGGGCCGCGCCGAGCUCGUGUGCCUCAGCGGCCCGCACCUGGUCGCGGAUGCCGCGGGCCCCGAGGGCGCCGGGCCGGACUCCGAACCCUGCCUUCAGGAGGAGCAGCCCCGAGGCUGGUGGUUUUCAGAACAGGAGGCAGACGUUUUCAACGCCCUGAGCCAGCCCACAGUGUGCAGAGGUCUGGAGGAAGCCUUGGGAACCGUGGCACAGGCACUGAAAACACUGGGGCCUUUCGAUGGGCUCCUUGGUUUCAGCCAGGGGGCUGCGCUAGCAGCCCUUGUGUGUGCCCUUGGCCAAGCCGGCGAUCCCCGCUUCCCCUUGCCAAGGUUUAUCAUCCUGGUAUCUGGUUUCUGUCCUCGGGGCCUUGGACUCAAGGAACCCAUCGUGCAGGGCCCCUUGUUACUGCCUUCACUCCAUGUUUUCGGGGACACUGACUGCGUCAUCCCCUCUCAGGAAAGUAUGCAACUGGCUAGCCGAUUCACUGGGGCCAUCACCCUCACGCACUCUGGUGGCCACUUCAUUCCAGCAGCUGCGGCCCAGCGCCAGGCCUACCUCAAGUUCUUGGACCAGUUUGCAGAGUGAAAGAUCAACAAAUGGCUCUGCCCCUACAUCCCCCACCCCCACAUGACUUCGGGACAGUCUCUGUAACCGGUCCUCCCCCUUAUCCCACCUCCCCUGGGAGCUCAACUGCUGUUAGUGGUCCUCACCAUCACCAAUUAAGAGACAAGUAUCAGUUCUAAGACUCAAGUUAUUGUAAGCCUAGCUCUACACUUAAGAAAAAAGGGAUCAGGAGGCCUUAGUGGACCUUGGCAUCUGAUACUCCAGCAUGAAAAAGGCUGGUGGACCCCUGGAUGAGUGGAGGGUGACAUGGGAAAAGCAGGGGCUGGUGCUGUGUGACUGCCACAUAAUAAAGUGGUGAUGGCGA